AAGAAAACGACACGGCUGUUAUUACAAAUUUGUUUUUUCCUUCUUUCUAAGUCUUUUUCUUUUCUUCUCACUCUAUAAAUAUCACGUAUUCACAACUAGCUUCCUUUUUCCUCCCUCUCUCUCUUCUUACCGACCGUUUUCCUGCCUGGUCGCCGUUUAGUUUUCUAAACCGAGGUUGCCGGAGAGUCCAUUUUCUCCGACAUUUCUUCCUUCUUAAAAGAUCUCUUCUUUUGAGACUUGACUUCCGGUUUUGUUGAUUGAAGACAAAGAAAUGGAAGGGACUAAAGAGAUGGGGCUUAGAAAUGUGAGCUCAACGUGCUCAAUCAACGAAAUGGAUGAUUAUGAUCUCUCACGUCUUCUUGAUAAGCCAAGGCUUAACAUAGAGAGGCAAAGAUCAUUUGAUGAGAGGUCACUCAGUGAGCUCUCUAUUGGUCUCACCAGAGCAGGUCUUGACAAUUACGAGACCACAUACUCUCCUGGUGGGAGGUCAAGGUCAGGUUUCGAUACUCCGGCUUCAUCGACUAGAAACUCAUUUGAGCCACACCCCAUGGUGGCCGAAGCAUGGGAAGCUCUCAGGAGGUCUUUGGUGUAUUUCAGAGACCAGCCAGUUGGUACCAUUGCCGCAUAUGACCAUGCUUCCGAGGAAGUUUUGAACUAUGAUCAAGUUUUUGUUCGAGAUUUUGUACCCAGUGCUCUGGCGUUUCUGAUGAACGGAGAGCCUGAUAUAGUUAAGAACUUUCUCUUGAAGACUCUACAACUUCAAGGGUGGGAGAAAAGAAUAGAUAGAUUCAAACUAGGAGAAGGUGCUAUGCCAGCUAGCUUCAAAGUUCUUCAUGACCCUGUACGAAAAUCAGACACAAUUAUUGCAGAUUUUGGAGAGAGUGCCAUUGGAAGAGUUGCACCAGUUGACUCUGGAUUCUGGUGGAUCAUUCUGCUCCGUGCAUAUACAAAAUCUACUGGGGACUUGUCGCUAGCUGAGACACCUGAGUGUCAGAAAGGAAUGAGGCUCAUACUCACUUUGUGUCUGUCAGAAGGAUUUGAUACAUUCCCAACUCUACUUUGUGCUGAUGGGUGCUCUAUGAUUGAUCGAAGAAUGGGUAUUUAUGGUUAUCCUAUUGAAAUUCAAGCACUUUUCUUUAUGGCGUUGAGGUGUGCUUUAUCAAUGCUAAAGCAUGAUGCGGAAGGAAAAGAAUGCAUUGAAAGAAUCGUGAAACGCUUGCAUGCCUUGAGUUAUCAUAUGCGCAGUUACUUUUGGCUUGACUUUCAACAACUAAAUGAUAUCUACAGAUAUAAAACUGAGGAGUAUUCUCACACUGCAGUAAAUAAGUUCAAUGUUAUUCCUGAUUCUAUCCCAGACUGGGUAUUUGACUUUAUGCCAACACGAGGUGGCUACUUUAUUGGCAAUGUUAGUCCUGCAAGGAUGGAUUUCCGAUGGUUUUGUUUAGGUAACUGUAUAGCAAUACUAUCUUCUCUUGCAACUCCAGAGCAAUCAAUGGCUAUUAUGGACCUUAUUGAAGCCCGCUGGGAUGAACUUGUUGGAGAAAUGCCUCUAAAAAUAGCUUAUCCUGCAAUAGAAAGUCAUGAAUGGCGAAUUGUCACUGGCUGUGACCCUAAGAAUACAAGAUGGAGUUAUCACAACGGAGGAUCAUGGCCAGUGCUGUUGUGGCUGCUAACGGCUGCUUGCAUCAAAACGGGAAGGCCGCUGAUUGCAAGACGUGCGAUUGAUCUUGCCGAGACACGUUUGUUGAAAGAUAGCUGGCCUGAGUAUUAUGACGGGAAGCUCGGGAGAUAUAUUGGUAAACAGGCUAGGAAGUACCAGACAUGGUCAAUAGCAGGAUAUUUAGUGGCAAAAAUGAUGCUGGAGGACCCAUCACACUUGGGGAUGAUUUCAUUGGAAGAGGACAAACAGAUGAAGCCAUUGCUAAAGAGAUCAUCUUCCUGGAAUUGCUAAAAACAAAACAAAAACAAAACAGGGAAAAAGAGCUUUAAAAAUUUUCAUUAUAACAAUAUUCUUUUUUAUUUGGCGCUGCUCCUCUAUUUAGGGUUUCAUCAAAAAAACAAAAAAAAAACUUUGCUUUUUUCUGUACUGUAGCAGGUUGCUAAGACUUAAUCUCUUGCCUUCUCUUCAGAAAAGAAAUAAAUAAUAGAUACAUUUUGCUGUUUUGGGUACAUUUUUUAAUGUAUUUUUCAAGGACUAUGAUGAUGAUGAUUAUGAUCUGGUGAAUUCGACCCGAAACUAUAAUUUUAUGUAUUCUUCAAGGUCCAUUUGGAUUAAAAAAAAGUAAAGAGUAAGAGUGCAAGCAAUGAUCCUAACAGGUGUUGAGAACUUGGAAUAAAGAGAUUGAAUCGAUUUUUUAAUUAUUGUAGAAUUGAUAACCAAUCAUUAAGAAUGUAGAAAAAGAAAUAUAUAUUAUAUGUGGGAGGUGGUGACGUGGUUUAAGAAACAAAUGAAGGAGUCCAGAGGUUAGGACGCAAAGAAAGAGGGUAUGGUUUAUAUUUAUGACCAUCGCGUUUGAAGAAAAUGAAAUCAUAGUUUUAUAGGGCGGCAUUCAGAAAUAUUUUGUUAUUUCAUUGGGUAGUAGUUCCAGGUUUUUCAACACAAAAGCUUACUCGUGCAAGAAAAAGGGUAGUGGGAAAACAAUUUCAAACGUCAUUGCUACACCUGCAGCUUAAGAAAUUACAAAGUCCCUAUGGUUGUGAACAGCAUGAGGUGCUGCAAUUUCGUCGCAAUUUGAACGCCCGCGAUUAGGUUAGGUGAAUGAAUGUUUGAAACCAAAGUUAAUUAACCCACCACCCACAACCCAACGAAUGAAAGUCAAAUUAAGGAAACUUCCAUCGCAUGACUUUAUCAAAAUCCAUUGCUCUCUUAUCUAUUUAUUUCUACUUCUAUUUCCUCAAGCUUUCUUGUAAGCUUCCAAUAUGUCAUCGAUGGCGGAUCAACAGAGAAUCCAUCCCGUCCCGGAUGUCGAAGCACCACCACAAACCUCCCCAACAGUUCCCUUGGUGCCCCAGGGCACGUCGAAAUCCGAUGACCAAUCAUAUCCACCUUUCCAUCGUACUUAUCCACCUAUGAACUCCAAACCUCCCAAGAAGAGAAGCCGUUGCUGCAAGUGCUUGUGUUGGACCCUGUCUCUUCUCUUGCUGUUCAUCCUUAUUCUGGGGAUUACCGUUGGCAUUUUGUUCCUUGUUUUCCGACCAAAGCUACCUAAAUAUUCUAUUGACAGGAAUCCCAACGAAAGAAUCGGAAUCUAUUACGAAGGAGGUAGCCAUCUAAGCGCGUGGUACACUGAAACCAAGUUAUGCCAAGGGUCAAUGCCAAAAUUCUACCAAGGUCACCGAAACACGACGGUGCUGGUUUUGCCUUUGUCAGGACAAAUCCAAAACGGUACAGGUUUGAUCAUGGCGGUGCAAGAGCAGCAACAGCGGACGGGAAACAUCCCAUUGAGAUUGCGGGUGAGUCAGCCUGUGAGGGUUAAGCUUGGGAAGUUAAAGCUCAUGAAAGUGAAGUUCUCGGUUAGGUGCGGGUUAGUGGUAGAUGCUUUAUCUGCUAACAACACCGUCACAAUUCAAAGUAGUAGCUGCAAAUUUAGGCUUAGCUUGUAGAGUUCCUAAUUUCUAACACCCGCCAUAUUUUUUACAUUUAUGUUCGAGAAAUAAGGAGGGUUUUAAUAUAUGCGGUUUUGUUCUCCUCCAUGCUAUAUACUUCAGUUUGUUGUUAUAUAUUUGUAAUGGUAUUGUUAUUCUAUAUAUUCUUUUUUCUUUUUUUGGGAAA